AUGAAUUCCAGUGUUCCACCUUGGCGCUCUACUGCCACAGCCCCGAUGGCUCGGAACUCUACAUUUCCUACAAAUGCGACCCCUGCCUAUAUACCCGUCCAAGCCCGCCGUAGCCUCGCUCAUAGUACUACCAACACGACCAACGGAUCUUUUCCUUUAUCUGGCAGGCAAGAUUCGCCGGACGAUGAAUCCCGAAAGCGAGUGGAGUUCCCGCCUCCCGUCCGAUCAUACGUGCAGCGCUGCUUCGCCCCCGAAAACCAGGUUGCCAGCGUGAGCAUUCCCGAGAUGCAGGAAAAACUGAAACACGUGAUUACCGACGCGGCGGAGAAUAACAAGCUGGGAAUUAUCGACUGGGAGAGACUACCUUUACCACAGGUGAUGGUCCAGAAUGAACGCAACAAAAUCCUGGCCAACCCUGCCUCCUCACACUGGGCAUCCGCCCAGCCCUCCUCCCCAGGAAACGCCACCCGGAAAAGAAAAUCCACGGAUGGCCCGCUGGACACCGGAUCGCCUCCCUGGAGAUCAGCUAACCCCAGCCGUUUUGAAGAUCGAGUUACUCACCCAACCACAGAAAAGAAGAAACCCCGGAUUGCAGUCGACCAGUCUAGUAAGUCCAAAGCUAAUUUGGAAAUGAGGCGGAAGCGGUUCGACCUGGGCAAGGGACAAUCCCCUUCCUCGCCUACUGGAUCCCCGGCACGGAGUGCCGACGCCGACCAAGGUCCUGUCGUGGGACGUUGCCAAGCAUUGGAGAAGAACUACUUCCGUUUGACUUCUGCCCCCAACCCUGAUACUGUCCGCCCGCUGCCUGUCCUGUCCAAGGCCCUGGACCUGUUGAAAAAGAAAUGGAAGACCGAUGGCAACUAUGGAUACAUCUGUGAUCAAUUCAAAUCCCUGCGCCAGGACUUGACGGUCCAGCAUAUCCGCACCGAGUUCACCGUGACUGUCUAUGAGAUCCACGCGCGCAUCGCCUUGGAGAAAGGGGAUCUUGGUGAGUACAAUCAGUGCCAAACCCAAUUACGGGUGCUGUAUGCCCAGCAGCUGGCCGGCCACCCGACGGAGUUCAAGGCCUAUCGUAUUCUGUAUUUCAUUUACACGCGGAACUGGACGGCCAUGAACGAUGCACUCGCGGAUGUAACUCCCGAAGAUAAAAAAGACCCGGCCGUGAAGCAUGCCUUGGAUGUUCGCUCUGCCCUGGCGCUCGGAAACUACCAUCGUUUCUUCCAGCUGUACCUUGAUACGCCCAACAUGGGAGCCUACCUCAUGGAUAUGUUUGUGGACCGUGAGCGGCUGAGUGCGUUGGCAGUUAUGUGCCGAGCGUACAAACCCGAUGUCAACAUUCGGUUCAUCACAGAGGAACUUGGAUUUGAGUCCGAUGAGCAGAGUGCCCGUUUCAUCAUCGACAACUCCUCCGCGGAGCUGCUAGAAGAGAAGAACGGGGCUGUGAGGCUUCUGACGGGCAAAGCUGGCUCUUUGUUUGACCAGGCCAAAGCGGCCGCCCAUCGCGUGGUUGAUAUCAAGGGCCAAAUUUAA